UCCAGACAGGACCCAUUGACACCUAUCAACUCUAAUUCGGAAAACGCUGCUAUUUUAACCUAGCAUACUCAUAGUUCAGCAGGUAAUUAUCAACAACUUGCAAGUUAACUUUAGGCAUAUACUCUUUAAGUUAGUGUACCUUUAAAAGUGUAUUUUUUACAUAAGGAAAUAAGUUGUGCUGUAGCAGAAAAAAGGAGGCUAUCCUUUUCGGUAUCAGGCAGCAACUUUACCAAACUAUCUGACUUUCUUGUGUUCAGCUUUUGAGGAGUCUCUCCAUCGUUUGACUUUAUUCACCAUGCAACAACGGUUUGCACAUAGGAUGUACCCCGAAAGGAAGGUAUUUUGGUGAAUUAGUUUGAGAACGUUUGAACGGGAAUAUUGCGUCAAUAAAGGUGAUUCUACUCUGCGUUAACCGGGGCCACUAGUCUACCUGUCACGGAAUUCUUUCAACCAACCACUCCCACCCCGGUCCCCUCGUGCUGUCUUUCCGUGGGUCGCCUGCCUCGCCCGCUAACCGUGAUGACGUGCGGUUGGAGUCCGGGAGCUGUCACGGUUUGGAGAACUACCGUUUUCCUGCUCAACAUCGCGUGCGCAGCGUCGGCCAAGAGACACGUCGUCUACUGGAACUCCACCAACACUAGGUUGACGGGAGGGGAUCUGUCCAUCCAGGUGAAUCUGAAUGACUACCUGGAUAUCUACUGCCCCCACUACCCUCACCUGUCUCCCCCCAGUGAGGAGGCCUACCCCCAGGCCCCACCAGACAGCCUGGCCCUGUACCUGGUGGCUGAGGGGGGGUUCAAGGGCUGUGUGGAGACCCAGGGGGCCAUCAAGAGGUGGGAGUGUAACAGCCCCCGUGCCCCCUUCGGUCCUGUCCGCUUCUCAGAGAAGAUCCAGCGCUUCACCCCCUUCUCUCUGGGCUUCGAGUUCCUCCCCGGACACCACUACUACUACAGCUCAUUGCCUACAGGGGAAAGCUCCCCGCUGCCCUGCAUGAAGCUGCGAGUCACAGUGUGCUGUGAGCCCACAACCGUAGGGUCCAAGCAGAACAAGCAGGAACAAGGUACUCCAGCUCUUCACAGUGAUGUGUGUUCAAUGAGGACAGUUCCUCUUUCUCUCCUCCUCCUUGUCCCACUCUUGAACUUCCUCUCUAUCUAACACCCCUCUAUUCAAGCUGACCUGCUGAGUAUCUACCAUGCCCACUGUAGAUGGCCUGCCUCACCCACUCAGUCCCUACUUUAAACUAUCCACACCACAUAGGGAGGUCAAGUCUUCAUUUCAGACACUAAAAUGACUGCAAUAGGGUAGACUUCAACACUACACACACUCCUACUACACACACUCCAACUAUACACACUCCAACUACGCACACUCCAACACAUCACCUCUGUCUUUUCUGGGGUGGCACUAAUCUUUCUCUUUUUGGCCUCUUUUCUCUCUGUCCACUCUCUCCUCUCGUUCCCUCUUCCAUCCCUCGCUCCUGACUAAGCUCCCUCUGAAACAGACUGACACUAAUCUACCAUCAAAGCUCUCAUUCUUCAUUUCCCACCUUUAUCCACUCCAUCCUGUAGACUCCAUCUGUGUCGUCUCUCUUCCUCUCUCUCUCUCUCUCUCUCUCUCUCGCUCUCUCUCGCUCUCUCGCUCUGUGUCUCUCUCUCUCUCUGUGUCUCUGUCUCUCUCUGUCUGUCUGAACAUAAUGUGCCAGCUGAGCCAAAGUGGAUCAUCCAGACGUUGUUCUGUUAAAUUACUACGGAGAGGACCAGACUUGGAGUUGACUGCUUCUGAACAGAACCAUGUUUUUGAGUUGACGUCAUUGGAUUUGAAAGUCAUUGUUUUUUAGAUGAAAAACUACCUUUUUUUUUGUAUCCAAAGUGGGACCAACUGUUAAACACAGUAACACCAAAUGUUGACCAAACUUUCUUAAUAAAGUUAACCAGUGACGACUCUGCCUAAACCAGGAUAUGCUGUGUGAGUGGGACCCUGGGAAUGAUGAACUGGAAUAUUGUAACUGGUCUGCUACGCCCUCUACUGGGAUCAUACUGGUUAGACUGGUCCAACUGGGCUGUAACACCUGACACUGUGGGAGUAAUCUGACCAUAUCUGGAAUUAACUGGACUGUGUCUGGUGGUUUACCUCUGUCUUAAAAGGCAGUCAAAAGGAAUUGUGGGAAAUACACUGAGGGUACUUCCUCACUUCACCUCACACGCACCGAACCACAUCGGCUGAUUGGCGAUUGCUCCUCACCAACCAGGUGUGCAGGUACAGUAUUUAGACUGUCUGCUGAGCACUUAACCAGGCGAGGACCUCUACCUAUGAGAAGAGGCCUAAAGCUGGUGUUUGUUUGAAUAGAGGUUUUUAUUUUAGUGCAGUAAAGAUUCUGCUUUAGGUGUUUCAGUUAAAUAUUGAUGUUUUGUAGAGGUCCUGUAAUGUUGGCAUCCAUUUUGAUUAUUUGAAAAAUCCUGAAAAAAUCUACAUUUUUACAUGGUUGAACUUUUUUAUACAAAUGUUUACAGGUCUAGAUUAACUCCAAUUGUUGUUGUUUAUAGUGCUAUCAAGAAUAACUAAGGCACUUUAGUACAGGUUACCCAUGUAUUUUUCUUUAAGUUAUAAAACAUACAUUUUUUAAUUCAACAAAUAGCAUUAAAAAAUGCCAUUUUAUUAUCAAAGCAAUUUCAAUUAAUACAUUUUAUUUUGAUUGUCAUAUCUUUAAUCUGUUGGUUAGAUAUGAUUUCAUGUUCCAUUCACAAAAGUAAUAUAUCGCUAAAUUGCAUUUACAGUAGAAGCGUGUUACAAAUAUCACAAACCUAACAAAUAUACAUAUAUAUUUUAUUUUCAAAAGUGAGAGAUUUAAUUGAAAUUAUUCUUAUUAAUUUAAUCCCACAAAAACGAGUGUAUAUUUAAUUAAAUUCAUAAUUCUGAUAAAUAGCUUAUCUUAAUCCAACAUAAUCUUAAAUACAGGCUAUUCCGGGAUGCAGUUUUUCCCACAUUCUGAUGUUGUCUUUGGUAACAGCAUUUAGAAAACAAUGUUUUCUUUCCGAAAUAAAUAUGUUGACUCAUAGUUAUGCCUGUAAGCACUUACUCAGAGAGAUGCGUCUGUAGUAUUACUUUACACACACAUUUGGGUAACAAUAUACUUCAAUGACAAUUAAAUAUUUUGUUCUCGUCUACGCAGGUUAUUCAGUAAUGUAAUGAUUAUUCCAGGGGUUUAAACACUCAUGUCUGGACCUUUGUUGUAUAAAGCUGGUGCUCCCAGAUUUUUGUUUUUUUUGUUUUCACAUUUUAGUGAAGUAUGAAACAUCUUCUAUGAAGAGCGAACUGCAAACAGCCCUUUUAUACAAGGUGAGAUGACAAAAUAAAGAUGAUUGCAAUAAGACUGUUGAAAUUUC